UUGUUUGAGCUGCUGCUGCUGCUGCUGGUCGCCGGCUGGUGACGUGAGAGGCGGGCGCCGGGUGGAGAGGCGAGGAGAGGAGAUGAGGGAGACGCCGCUGUCCAACUGCGAGCGGCAGCUCAUCCUGCAGGCCAUCGCCGACAGGCAGCGCCUUGAUGGAAGGCAGACAUAUGAUUAUAGAAAUAUCAAGAUAACAUUUGGAACUGAAUAUGGCUGUUGCAUUGUGGAACUGGGUAAAACAAGGGUCCUUGCACAAGUAUCAUGUGAACUUGCUACUCCUAAACCUAGUCGGCCGACAGAAGGCACCAUCUUCUUCAAUUUGGAGCUCUCUCCAAUGGCAUCUCCUGCAUUUGAACCCGGCAGACAAUCGGAGUUGUUAGUCAAACUGAACCGCCUGUUGGAGAGAUGUCUGAGGAAUUCAAAGUGUAUAGACACAGAAUCCCUGUGUGUUGUAGCAGGUGCAAAGGUGUGGCAGAUUCGUGUAGACUUGCACUUGUUAAAUCACGAAGGCAACAUAAUUGAUGCAGCAAGCAUAGCAGCCAUUGUGGCACUGUCUCACUUUAAAAGGCCUGAUGUGUCAAUCCAAGGAGAAGAAGUCACUGUAUAUACAGCGGAGGAGCGUGAUCUGAUCCCAUUGAGCAUCCACCACAUGCCCAUUGCAGUCAGCUUUGCUUUCUUUCAGCAGGGAACCUACUUGUUAGUAGAUCCAAUUGAACACGAGGAGCGGGUCAUGGAUGGACUCUUGGUGAUUGCCAUGAACAAACACCGUGAGUUGUGCACCAUUCAAUCCAGUGGUGGAAUUAUGCUCCUAAAAGAACAGAUUCUUCGUUGCACUAAAAUAGCAGGAGUGAAGGUGGCAGAGAUCACGGAACUAAUGCAGAAGGCUCUUGAAAACGAUAAAAAUGUCAGGCAAGAAGGUGGAAAAUUUGGUUUUGCAGAAUCCGUACCAAACAAAAGGAUUACAUCUUUUAAACUUGAUGAAGUGGCUGUGCUUACAGAAGGAAUUGAAGAACAAGCUGAAGAAAUUGUGUCAAAGGCUGAAACAUCUCCAGCAGUCAUUCCAAAACCAAUUGUGCGUGCUCCAGGUACAGGUCAAAUUGGAGAGGGAAUUCAAAAUGAAUGGAUGAUCAAUGAUCUGGAAGAUGAUGAGGAUGAAGAUGAAGAAGAUAUUGUCCCUGAACUAGGUGCCCAAAGUUUGGGUAAUGAAGCUGAGAUUAUCCAUCUGUCUGAAAGUGAAGAGGAGGAAAUGGUAAUAUUGGAACCAGAGGGAUGUCAAAAGAAAGAAAAAAAAACUUCUAAAGGAACACAGCAGAAAACAAGCAAAAUAAUAUCUCAAAAUAAGAACAAGAAAAUACAGAGAAAAAAAAGAUCUCAACUGUGAUAUCUCUUUGCUUUGAAAUAAAUUGAUACAUAUUCUUGCAUUAACUUUUUAACGCGUUUCAUGGGCUCUCGAGAAAAAUUAUAACAAAUUGCCCCAUUUUCGGUAUCCAACAGUAGAAUUGGUGUGCCUAUGGUUUUAUAAAACCAAAUGCAUUUUGAUCAGGUAGAAUUGUUGAUUUUUCACAAGUUAUAGGAGUAGUAUUAGGUUAUUCGGCCCAUUGAGUCUACUCCGCCAUUCAAUCAUGGCUGAUCUCUGCCUCCAAAUCCCAUUUUCCUGCCUUCUCCCCAUAACCCAUUGUUUUAAUCGGAAAGUUUCUUGCUAUUUAUGGAUAACGUAUAGUUAACGUAUUGAACAAAGCUCUAACGGUUUUAAGUUCUAAUUCAUUACACAUCACUAUUUUAGCAGUUCGGCAUCUGAUACUGUUUAAUAGUUUAACUCAGGGGUUUCGUCAUUUCUGUAUACAUUCCCUUCAAAAUAUGUUAGAAUAACUAUUUUGCCAUUUUAAAAAAAAAAAGUUUUUAUUCAUUCCAAGGAACUCGUGGCUUGGUUAACUUGGUUGUGUCUUUUUCUGUUGAGAAUUUUGUAAAUGGCUUGAGUUGUAAAAAAUAAAAACUUUUCUUGGAAGUUGAAAAGUUAUAAUGCCUCGGAGCAUAGCCAAUAUAUACUUUAGUAAAGUAGGACAGUUUCCCCUCUUUAAUUCCACGCUCUCACCCCAACCCUUCCCCAGCCUCUAUAUCCAACACAUCAUUCUGACAUUGCCACCACCUUCAGCAUGAUCACAUUCCAUCUUCCCAUCCCCACCCCUUUCCAUGGACUAUUCCCUCCUGGAUUCAGUCGUACCUUCCCAUCUUCUCCACACAAGUUGUAAUAUUUGUCCCUACGCCUCUCACUUCCAUCCAGCAACCCUUCCAUGUGAGGCAAAUGUUCACAUGCACCUCUUCAAACAUUAUUUAGUGCACCUGAAGUGGCCUUAUUUACACAGAGAAAUCAAGCGUAGCCGAGGCGACUGUUUCACCAAAUUUGCCAAGGCUUGCUGGAUUAAUAAGGGAUAGGAGCAGCAAUAGGCCAUUUGGCCCACCAAGUCUACUCUGCCAUUCAAUGAUGGCUGAUCUAUCUCUCCCUCUCAACCCCAUUCUGCCUUCUCCCCAUAACCCCUGGCACAGAACUAAUCAAUAAUCUAUCACUGCCUUGCAAAUAUCCAUUAAUGGCCUCCACAUCCUGUGGCAAUGAAUGCCACAGAUUUACCAACUUCUAACUAAAGAAAUUCCUCCUCAUCUCCUUCCCAAAGGAACGUCCUUUUAUCCCGAGAACGUCCUAGACUCUCCCGUUAGUAGAAACAUCCACUCUAUCCAAGCCUUCCACUAUCCUUACUUACUUACUGCCUAUUGGGGAGAUGGCUGCCCUGUCGGCAGUCUGUUUGUAUUUUCUUUCUUUUUGUUAUUUUUUUUAGUGUGUUAAGUUUGUUUUAAUGUUCUUCGGUUUGUUUUAUGAGGGGGGAGGGGAUCAGGGGAACUUUUUUUUCAAGCUCUGCCUGAAGAUGUGAUCAAUUUUCGGAUCACAUUCUCUGGGCUCUGCAGUCUACCAUCGAUGGAGCUGGAAGGCUCCUCGGAUUGUCGUGAGCCCCACCGCGUGUGGACUUAACAUCGCUGAUCCAUUGCCUGGGAUCGCUCCCACCGCAAAACCACCAUCUGGGGCUCGCAAUCUUGGGUGAGGCUAGGUCAGGAACUCCAACCUUGCGGAAGGUUCGAUCAGCCCCGACGCGAGUUUCGAUCACCUGGCGCGGGGAGCUGACAUCCCCCUGAUGUGGGAGCUUGAUCACCUCGACGAGGAGGGCCCGAAUGCCGUCGGGUACGGGAGUCAAGAUUAACGGGGGCUCGAGGCCCAUGACCGAGGAAGAACAAAAGGAAGAGACUUGAACUUUAUUUUGCCUUCCAUCACAGUGAGGAAUGUGUAGGAGUCAGUGUGGUGGAUGUUAAAAUGUUUUUUUGAGUGAUCUGUUCCUUUUUAAUUGUAUGACUGACCUGGCCAAUGAAAUUCCUCCUAUGUUGCAAAAUAUACUUGGCGAAUAAAGUGUGAUUCUGAUUCUG